AUGUUUCAGCGCCUCCGCGAGGCGAUCGACUCUCGAAUCGCAGAGGAACAGGCUCGCCAAAAGUCCGCCCAGGAUUCAUUGUCCCGAUCUAACUCCGCUCGCCAGCCCUCCAGCCGCAACCUGUCCCCUAGCCGACGACAGACCCGUCCGCGACGCAACACCGGAACCCCUGUUCGCGGCCCCGAUCCGACCGAGUUCGAGCCCGAAUUCACCAUCGGCGAUGACGAGGGGUCCAGCAGAUCUGCGACUCCCCAGCAGGAUCCCCCCAGCAGCUCGAAGGGCUCGCCGGAGCAAAAUGCCGGGGAGGAGAAGUCUACCGCGGAGGAGUCGCCAAAUGGAAAGGAUGCUGCUCCCGCCGGGGAGGCAAAGCAGUCAUCCUCUGAGCUCCCUCCGGAUGUUAGAGUGAAAUUACGGAAGUUGAGCAAGAUGGAAACUCGGUAUCAGGAGCUCCUAAAGGCAUACCGGAUGGCCCAUACGCGCGUCCUCUCCAUCGAGCCAUUCGAAGCCGCUCUUCGCGAAAAUACCCCUCUCACGUCGAUCGGCGAUCCCAAGGCCCUGACGGAAUAUUUGAAUCAGAUCUCGUUGAAGGGGGACAUGGUGGUGGAAGAACUGAAGCGCAUCUCGGCUGAGCGGGACGAUUACAAGAAGAAAUUCGAGGAAGCGCAAAAGGCCACGAAAGAUGCUUGGGAUGAAGUUGCCAAUUUGAAGAAGGAUGGAAACAAGAGUGAGGACGGCUCUUCUUACAAAGAGGGCGACGGCUUGAGUGUUGACACCGCCGCCGCGAAUGCGCCCUCGCCUGAUAUAACCGUGCAAUCUGCGACUCCCACAUCCUCAUCUCGCCUUGCUCAAAUAUUCUCUCCGAAGCAGAACUUCGCGAAGCAAGCCGAGAAGCCGGAGCCUCUGCAAGAAAGUGAAGAGUUCUUUUCGUUCGACGGUGAGAUCCCGCGAUUGGAAGCCGAGCUGAAAGAAAAACAAGAGGAAGUCGAAACCCUCAAAACUCAAACCGAGUCGCUGAAGCGCGACCUCUCGGUGGCACGUGAGUCGACGGAGGGCAUGGUCCAGAACCUGGAGACUGCAACCCGAGAACUCAGUGAACUGCGAGACACAAAGGACAAACAAGACUCGGAAAUUGAGAAGCUGAAGGCUUCCAAGCAAGAAGGAAUUGACGAGCUCAAGUCCAGGCUCGUGGCAUCGGAAGAAACUCUGACGAAAGCCACUGCUGAAGUCGAGAAGCUGAAAGAUGAAUUGAAACAGAAGGCGAACGAAAUUGAGCAACUACAGGCUCAAGUUUCACAAUCCGAGAAGGAUAACGAGCAAGCGGAGGUUCAGUCUUUACUUGACGAACUAAAGCAGGAGAAGGAGGGUACUAAAAAGAAAUUAGGUGUCUUGCAGAACUUGGUGGAUAGCCUCCGCUCCCAGCUCACGACUACGGAAGAAACGGUAUCUAGCCAGAUGGCCGACAUCGAACGGAAGAACAAGAACGCCAGAUCGCAGGCUAUCGUUGAUUUCUUCGGCGGCAGUCUGCAAGACAACCCACAAUGGGAGCAGUCCAAAUCACAGAUUCUGAGCGGCGAGAAGACCAACUUUGAUGAGCUGCGCGAGAUUCUGAUGCCUCCUCAAAAAGAAGAGCCAGUGAAGAGUCAGGCCUCGGAGCCGAACCCUCCACCAACCACUUCUACGGCCAACUCUACGACAGGCACCGGGGGAGGCAAGAAGAAAAAUAAAAAGAAGAAGAAGGGCGGCAAAGGUGGUGAAGAUACGAGCAAAGCAGAACCCAGUCCUGCUGUUGAGGAUAAAGAGCCGCCCCCUGCAGAGCCUGAUCAGAAUGCUGCGAAGCUGGAUGAACUACAGAGCAAGAUCGAAUCAUUGACAAGCCAGCUGGAGGAGAAAGAGGCCGCCAUUGACCGCCUCAGCGCAAAACUCAAGGGCGAAGAGGGUUUGAAGGAGGAAAUCGAGUCUCUCCGUGAUGAUUUGCUCAGUAUCGGCCAGGAGCAUGUCGAAGCGAAGGACAAAUUCAAGGUGCUUUUUGCGGAGAAGAACGCCUUGGAAGAGACCAUCUCCAAACUUGAAAAGGAGCUCACUGACCUGCGCACGAGCAACGCGUCCCAGAGUGCAGACUCCGAAAAGGCCCAUAGUAGCUUGAAGGAGGAGUACGAAAGCCUCAAGGUUAAAUUUACGACGAUUGAAACCGAGCUCUCCGCUGCGCAGCAGCUGGCCACCACUCGAUUCAAGGAUCUUACAGAUCUGCGCGAAACCGUGCAAAAGUUGCAACCCGAACUGAAGAACCUGCGGGCCGAAUCCGCAGAACUCAAGUCCACGAAGGAAACCUUGACGAGUAAAACCACUGAGUUGCGAACUCUAGAACAUAAGCAGGAGGACCUGCGAGCAGAACUCAAGACUCUCAAGUCGACUGUGUCAGAGCGCGACACUGAAGUUAAGACGCUCAACCAAAAGAUUCGACAGGAGACGGACAACCGUCUGAAGGCUGAAGAGAGACUGACCCUUGCGCAAUCCGACUUGCGGUACUCGGAGAGCAAGAAACAAGAAGCCGUAGAAACGAAAGAACGGGUUGCCUCCGACCUCUCAAGAGCUCAGGACGAACUGAAGUCAGCCAAGAACCAGAUCAGGGAGGUGGAAAACCAGGUCAACAAGCUGAACCAGGAAUUGGAGAGUCUGCGGGAAGAAAUCCACCUCAAGACUGCCCAACAUGCCAGUGCACAGAGCUUGAUGAACAGCAUGCGCGAUCAAAGUGCUGAGAUCGGAAUGCAGAUGAAGGAAGCGAAGGAACGCUGCGAGAGUUUGGAAGAAGAAUUGGCGGACGCUCACCGUCUACUGAACGAACGGACUCGAGAGGGAGAAACGAUGCGCCGCCUCUUGAAUGACAUUGAAGGCCGUACAGAGUCCAAGGUUCGCGACUUCAAGGAGCGAAUGGAGGCGGCCAUUGAAGAGCGAGACCGGGCCGAAGAUGAGGCCAGCUCUCAGGGCCGUCGCCGAGCUCGGGAGCUCGAAGAGCUGAAGAGCAAGGUUCGCGAGGCGGAGAAGGCUCUUCGGAGUGCCGAGGAGGACAAGGAAGAACUGGAGCGGUCCCAGAAAGAUUGGAAGCGCAGACGUGAUCAGCUCGAGGCGCAGUCCGAAACAUCUGGGAAGGAACUCAAUGACGUGAGACAGGCAAUGGCACAGCUCCGCGAUACCCUCGAUGAAAGCGAAAAGCAGGUUCGUGAGUUGGAGAAAGAAAGGGCGGAGUAUCGCAGAUCAGUUGAGGAGGCCAAUGCUCGCUUGGAAAAGAUGCGCAAAUCCAACCGAAUUCUAUCGGACGAAGCGCGCAUGGGACAGAACACCCAAUCCUCGCGAUCUUCCAUCGAUUCCGGUUCUAGGAAAGGGCUCACCUCUCCAGUGUCCAAAGAUCGAAGUCCAUCAACCCGGAGAAGUGAAACGCCCGGCGGCGCAAACGUCGACUACAUCUACCUCAAAAACGUGCUCCUUCAGUUCUUGGAACAGAAGGAUAAAAACUACCAGAAGCAGCUCAUCCCUGUAUUGGGGAUGCUGCUGCAUUUUGAUCGAACCGAUGAGCAGAAAUGGAUGUCCGCUAUUAUGUCGAAAUAG